CAUCAUUACAACUCAUACGGAGCCCCUUCUCUGGUCACCAUGCUGCCAAAAGAGGGUCCGCCUCCAGCCGCCGGUCAACCUUUUAAGUUUACUGUUGCAGAAACGUGUGACAGAAUCAAAGAGGAAUUUUCUUUCUUGCAAGCACAAUAUCACAGAGACACAGUCAGUCUGAAACUGGAAUGUGAGAAACUUGCCAGUGAAAAGACCGAAAUGCAAAGGCAUUACGUCAUGUACUAUGAAAUGUCAUAUGGCUUAAACGUCGAAAUGCAUAAGCAGACGGAAAUAGCGAAAAGGCUAAACACCAUCAUAGCUCAAAUCAUUCCGUUCCUAUCACAAGAACAUCAGCAGCAGGUGGCUGCAGCAGUGGAGCGUGCCAAGCAAGUGACGAUGACAGAGUUGAAUGCUAUUGUCGGGCAACAGCAUCCGGGCAUCGCACACCUAAUGCAACAAAUGCACGCUCAGCAAUUGCCGCCCCAUGCCCAUGCGCCUCCCCUGCCCAUGAUGCCUCAUGCGGCCGCCAUGGCGGGCCUUCAACCGCCCACCCUACCGCCAAGCAGCGCCGCCGGCCUGUUGGCUCUGACAAGCUCGCUGCCCGGUGCAGCCGCCCACUUGUCCGCCGCAGCCGCAGCCUCCACAGCUUCCUCAUCUUCAUCAUCCUCCAUCAAGGACCACAGAGAUGAGAAGAGGAACUCUAACUCGGUGAACGACGACAGGCAGAGAAAUUCCAUUUCCCCUCAUGAGCGGGAAAAGCCACGGAGCCGGUCACCUGACCUCGAAAUAGACAAGAAACGAAGGAAAGAAGAUAAGCACGACCAUUCCGAAAAACCUGGAACGUGGAACGAGCUGGUAGCACUCUGCUUUCCAAACCACCAGGCGAACGAAGAGGACAAAAGUGAUCAGGACCUCGUCGUUGAUAUCUCUAAUGAGGAACCUCUUUCUCCACCUAAUGGGGAGAUGUCUCCCCGAGAAAACGGUACAGAAAGGGGUCCUAAAAGGGAACGCCCUCCUAGUCGUAGUGGUUCAUCGUCUAGUCGAAGUACUCCCUCUUCAGCAAAGCAUAAGGACCAUGUGAAUGAGAAACCUCCAACUCCAGUAUCUAAACCGGUAACGCCCACAAGUUCAGGGUCAACUACACCCAGUUCUAGUGGUAUCAAAAAUCAUCCUAAACAUGCACUUGGUCCUCCCUACCCUUAUGCAGCUCUUCAUGGGAGUGCUGCACUAGCAGGAGAACUGGGUUCUGGUCCUGCUUUCCCCCAAAGUGUUCUUCACAACAAUAUCUCACCGGCCCUCAAUUCCUACUCCAGAUCUCUGGUUGGGUUCGACCACCCCUCGAUGCGAACGUCUGGUUUUGGCAGCAUACCUGGAGGAAAACCGGCUUACUCAUUCCAUGUGAAUGCGGACGGCCAAAUGCAGCCGGUGCCUUUCCCGCCCGACGCACUGAUUGGUCCAGGCAUCCCCAGGCACGCGCGCCAGAUCAACACUCUUAGUCAUGGGGAGGUCGUCUGCGCUGUCACCAUCUCCAACCCCACAAAAUACGUUUACACCGGAGGAAAGGGAUGUGUGAAAGUGUGGGACAUUAGUCAACCAGGGAGUAAAACAGCAGUGUCCGAAUUGGUAUGCUUGCAAAGAGAUAAUUACAUAAGGUCUUGUAAGCUUUUACCUGAUGGGCGAACACUCAUUGUAGGAGGAGAGGCUAGUACGAUAUGUAUAUGGGACUUAGGAACGCCGACGCCUCGAAUCAAAGCAGAACUUACGUCGAGCGCCCCGGCCUGUUAUGCACUAGCCAUCAGCCCAGACUCCAAAGUGUGCUUCAGUUGUUGCAGUGACGGUAAUAUUGCUGUUUGGGAUCUCCACAACCAAAAUCUAGUCAGGCAAUUCCAAGGUCACACCGACGGAGCAAGUUGUAUAGAUAUCUCCAGCGAUGGUACUAAGUUGUGGACCGGUGGGCUCGACAACACAGUCAGAUCCUGGGAUCUCAGAGAAGGUCGGCAACUUCAGCAGCACGAUUUUACCUCACAAAUUUUUUCAUUGGGAUAUUGUCCAACGGGCGAGUGGCUGGCUGUCGGAAUGGAGAGCAGCAACGUGGAGGUUCUACAUUGCAGCAAGCCUGACAAAUAUCAACUACACCUACACGAAAGUUGCGUCCUAUCAUUGAAGUUCGCAUGGUGUGGCAAGUGGUUCGUGUCCACGGGCAAGGAUAACCUUCUUAAUGCCUGGCGGACACCCUAUGGGGCCUCCAUUUUCCAGUCUAAAGAGUCUUCGUCUGUAUUGAGCUGUGACAUUUCGUCUGACGACAAAUACAUCGUAACAGGGUCUGGUGACAAGAAAGCCACCGUCUACGAAGUCAUCUACUGAACCGCACCCCUCACAUCCAUACACGUGGACUGCAGAAAUUGCCGCCACACACUAAUGGCAACCACAUUCCAUUUUGUCAUAUGUCUCAUUCGUUGCAUAAAUGCCCGCGAAAUUCCCAUUUACCAUGCAUUACAACUGCCAAUCUAAUUUCAAGAGGCCAAAAAAAGUUCCUUU